AUGACUUCAUCUGGGACGAAAUGCAUGUCAUCGACUUUGCUGCCGCCACGGCAUCGUGAUCCUGGCUUAGACCCAGUUGGCCAGUCCACCUUCCCCAGAACAGAGCGCGAGACGGCUCCACGGGUCUUGGGAAGCGAUGCACACUCAUCGGCUGUGUUGCCAAAGACGCCCACUCCCGCAUCUGCGCAACAGCCUGAAAAAGGACCCUUGGAUCCCGAGGCGGUGAUCGUCGUUCUAGUCGUCAUUUCCCUACCCAUUUCGGAUACGGGUGUCAAAGACAACCGGUCUCUCGACCAGCACACAGUCGCAAAGGUGGCUUCCGGAGGAGAUUCGGCAUCGUCAGGUGCCUUCGUUGCCCAGCUUGCCAACAUCACGUCUUUCUUGAAAGUCCCGACUCAGCUGCAGCCUUACCUCGAGACUACCGCUGAGCAUCUAGCCUCAGCUUCAGAGUAUCUUCAGUUAGCGACCGGUUUUUCUCCCUCCCAGGUCUACACUGCCGCCGCUGGUACACUCCUCGCUCUGAGCGUCAUCCCCGUCGUCGCCGCCCGGAAAUCCAAAAGCAGAAAGGGAGGGAAGAUGUCUUGGUGGGGGCGCCCCAGCUUGUCGCCUUGGAACUCGGGUGUUGGCCAAGGGGGUGUGCCGAGUGUGACUGAGGAAGAUUUCAGCUACAUCACUACCGAGGAUCUUGACAGUCCUCGAUACAGUCAGCGCUAUGACUAUACUCGGUCACCACAGGCUGCUGUUCAGGGUAUCAGCAGGUACGAAGAACCCGAAGACGACGCUCUUAACAUUGUUUACAAGAACGCUGUGUACCCUGAGGGGUUUCCUGCGUACUCGAUUGGCGACGGCAAACUCCUGGUCAGCGAUGUGAAGGAGCGAGUGAAGCUCAUCUUGGGGAUUUCCGAUCGCCACGGGAGGAUCCGUCUGUACUACAAGGGCCGGCGCUUGAGGGAUGAUGACAAGCCCAUUCGAGAGUAUGGAGCCAAGCACAACAGCGAGAUCACGGUUACGAUCAGCGAGCGCGAAUCCGAGAGCAGCAGUGAUGUGGGGAGCGAUGAGAUUGUUAUCGUUGAUCGUGACGGACACGAGGUCCGCGAGGAGCCUGAGCCGUCGAAAAAGCAUCGUAAGAAGCGUAGGGGCAGGACCAGGGAGGAACGAGGUGCCCGUAGCCCUCAGAGCCCACAAGAGAGUGCUUCGGAUGUUGGUCUCAGAGUGCCGACCGAAGAUCCUCGCAAGAGGGCAGCUUCACGAGUUCGAUCUCACUCCCCUUCAGCCGAGUCCGGAUUUUCGGCAGCAUCCGGAGUGUCCGGGGUCUCGGCAAUCUCCGCUAUCUCGGCCGGUAGCGUUACUCGCGCCAGCCCGGCCUCAGUUGCCCCGGGCGGUCCCAUCGAGAAGCUCGAUCAAAUCGCCGCCCACUUCAACAACACACUCCUGCCAUUGUGCCGACAAUUUGCGACCCAUCCUCCUUCGGAUCCUAAAAAGAGAUCAGAGGAGCACCUCAGGCUUUCAGAGACGAUCCUACAGCAGGUCCUCCUGAAGUUUGACGAUAUCGAAACGGGAGGAGAUGUCGCAGUUCGCACAAGGAGGAAGGAGAUGGUGAAGCAAUGCCAGGAUAUCCUGAAGACGCUCGACGAGGCUCUUAAGGCAUAAUAGUGUGGACGGUCAUAGGCGUAGUACCCGGAUUUUUGUCAUUUUUCAAGCUUCAUAAUCAGCAUGAGAAUGGAAGGAUUUAGGUGGUUCCUCGUUACAAAGUCGACAAUUCUUUGGUAAUCCAGCCAUGUGAAAGGCGUAUAGGGGUUACUGGUGCAACGUCACCAGCUGCUCUGUUUUGUUGCGCUUAGAUUUCUAUAAUUGCUUUUGCGGGUUGAAGGCUUCUUGUAUCUCUUGUCCAGCGGUGUGACACGAGAACAUGGAAGUUGAAGAGAAUCUAGCAUUUUGUGCAAAGAACGUGGUCCGAAGCGAUGGGAUAUUGUUGACCAGGUCAUAGAUGGUAAUUGACUGGCGUCCCUCCCAAAGGCCCAGUUCAGAGAGUU